AAUCUGAUUGCCCUGCUUAAUCCUUGUCGCUUCAUCGAUCUCAACAUGAGGAACAAGGCCGGUCAAACGGCGCUGCAUCUUCACACAUUCGCCGGCAAUAUCGGCUGUGUCGUCACGUUGCUGUCGUACGGUGCAGAUAUCGACGCCCAGGACUUGAAUGGCAACACUUGUCUGCACUUGGCCGUUUCCAGGACAAACAUUGACAUCGCUAAGGCACUCUUAGUUUUCGGAGCCAACGUGAAUAUUUUAAACAAAAGUGGUCACAGCGCACGACAUCUUGCAGCGAAGCUUGACGGACGGGGCAAGUACGUUCUGUAUUUAAUUAUACUUUGCCAACAGUUUUUAUUUUUAUUGAAAAAGUCUUAUUGAAU